AUGAGAAACUUUGGAUUUGGAGUGGGAAUCAUAAUUGGGAUCGUGGUUGGGUAUUAUCUGUUUAUCUAUUUCCAACCAAGUGAUGUCAAGGAUCCAAUUAUAUGUCCAUUGGUCAAGCAAGAUUCUCAAACAUUGCAAUGGUUGCUUCUAGGGAUACCAAUUUGGGUGAAACAUCCAGACAUUGAUUGUGUUGAUUGGCUUAACAAAUUUAUUGAAACAAUGUGGCCUUAUUUGGACAAGGCUAUCCUAGAUGAUUCUGCAAAAAAUAUAGCAGAGCCCAUCAUUGCUGGGCAAAUUCCAAAAUACAAAAUUCAGCCACUUGGAUUUGAAACGCUUACCUUGGGCUCCCUGCCUCCUAGUUUUCAAGGUUCUCUCUCUUAA